UUCUUUCUCCCCUUUCAACUCAUUCACCCCUGUCACUUCCGCUUCCUCCUCGCUCUCUGCUCGGAGCCACUGAUCCAGUCCGAUCUCGGAAUGAGCGCGGGGAAGAACGAGGGAAGCUCUGAUCUAUGGCGUGCCAUCUGGAACUCCCGUUCGAGUCGCUUUCCAGGUUGACAUCUUGAUUGGGCUCGCUUCAGAUCUCUGGGCAUUGACAUCAGGUGGCGGGGCAUGUUUGUGCAUGGGCUCGAUCUGAUUCCAUCCCCAACUUGGGCGCCAUGUGGAAGCAAUUCCUCUGCAAAUUACCUCGAAAGUCUUCCAAAUCUGAUGCUUCCGGCAGCAAUGUGACGACCUCUUCGAACGGGAAGCCAAUCCAUCGGACCAGCAGUGGCAGUUUAGUUCCCUCCCGAUCAACCACUGUCAAGCGGACUGCUUCUUCCAUCUUCCCGUCAAGUGUAGUCACAAGCAUCGAACCUCUACUUCUAUUCAAGGAUGUCCCCAACACGGAAAAGCAGAACCUUUUGAUCAAUAAAUUGAAUCUCUGUUACGUUAUCUUCGAUUUCUCGGAUCCCAACAAGAACUCUGCUGAGAAGGAUAUGAAACGGCAGGCAUUAUUAGAUAUCAUCGAUUAUGUUGAUACUGGGGGUUCUCGCUUCACGGAACCCACCAUUGCUGCUAUCUGUAAGAUGUUCGCCAGCAACUUGUUUAGGGUCUUCCCACCUAAUACUCGAUCCAGUACUGGCGGCGUGGAGACUGAAGAAGAAGAACCCGUGUUUGAACCAGCUUGGUCCCAUCUGCAACUUGUCUAUGAUUUGCUCCUUAAGUUCAUAGAGUCAUCCUCACUUGAUGCCAAAAUUGCGAAGAAGUAUGUGGAUCAUACAUUCAUUGUGAGACUGCUACACCUCUUUGAUUCCGAGGAUCCUAGGGAGAGGGAUUGCUUGAAAGCAAUCUUGCACAGGGUCUAUGGAAAAUUCAUGGCACAUCGGCCUUUCAUCCGGAAAAUGAUAAGCAAUGUAUUUUACCAGUUUAUGUUUGAGACAAACCGACAUAACGGUAUUGCUGAAUUGUUAGAAGUUUUUGGUAGUAUCAUCAGUGGGUUUGCAUUACCUCUAAAAGAGGAGCAUAAACUGUUCUUGUGUAAGGUCCUAAUUCCACUGCACAAGCCAAAAACACUAGGUAUCUAUCAUCAACAACUGACUUAUUGUGUGAUACAAUUCGUCGAGAAAGAGCCUAAGCUGGUAACAUCAGUUCUAAAUGGGUUAUUGAGAUAUUGGCCUGUGAUUAACAGUCAGAAGGAAGUUAUGUUUUUAAGUGAGUUGGAAGAAAUUUUGGAGACUACAAAUGAUGUGGAUAUCCAAAAGUGUGUGCUUCCGUUGUUCCGUAGGGUUGGAUGCUGCAUUAAUAGUUCUCAUUUCCAGGUUGCAGAGAGGGCCUUACUCAUGUGCAACAAUGACCGAGUGAUUAAUCUGGUGUCGCACAAUCGACAAGUAGUAAUGCCGCUAAUCUUGCCAGCUUUAGAGAGGAACAUUCUCACUCAUUGGAAUCAAGGUGUUUUGAACUUGACACAAAACGUUAACAAGGUAUUAUGUGAGAUGGAUGAAGAGCUAUUUCUGGCCUGCAAAAGGAACUUCGAGGAGGAGGAAACGAAGCAAGAAUUAACGGAGCAGAACCGAAGGAUGGCCUGGGAGUACUUGGAGACUGCCGCAGCUUUCCAACCAGUAACUAGAAAUGUAGCCGUCCUAGUUAAACCUGUUAUUUCUCCACCAGUCGUUGCCGCACUCUCUUAAAGUUGCUGAAGGUUAUGAAGAUGCCCAUCCCUUUGCUAAUUGUUUCAUCCUCUUAAGCACUAUCCUCCAAGUUGCUUCUGUGUCGAUGAAAACAGCUCAGCUCAGCGUACAUUGUAGCGACGAUACUUACUAGAAACAUAAGCAGAUAUCCUUAUUCCCUGUUUUUCUACUGUCUUUUCAUCAGAAUAUUGCCAAGA